GUUUGGAACUCUGUGCUACGAAAUCAUCAAAAAGUUCUCCUAAAGGCAAAAAGGAAGGAAGGCCUCUGCUCUUCUCAAUUCUCCCUCAUCAUCAUCACAUGUAGGUAACGUGACGCUAAUCUCGCCAUUUCCAUGUGAUUCUCUGAAUAGAAACUCUUCUUCUUCUUCAACCAGGCCUUCUUUUCCCCACCCACCCACGGCCCAUUCUCAAAAGUUGCCUUGCCCCAUCCAUCCUUUCUGUAGCAGAGUCCACACUCUCAUUCACUCACUCUCUCCUCACAGUUUCAGUCUCCGCCAUUUCUACCGCUCCCUGUUUUCUCUCUGUCGGCUCCCCAAUUUGGGUUCCAGAAAAUCAAGGGAACGGGGCCUAAGAUAGGACAAAUACAAGAUUGCCAGAACAGGAGAUCUCUCUCUCUCUUUCUCCCACUUCCGCUGUAGCUUUCACUUUCCCUCUCUCUCCCCCUCUCCCUUUCUCCGUCUUCUGGUUCUGCUUUCGUCGCCGAGGGGGGAAGAAGCCGACGGCCCGGCAAGCGAAUUGACCCGAUCCGCCGAGUAUGAAGGCUGAAGCCAAGGCGUUAAACCCUCUCGUCGCUUUCGACCUCAAGAGGGAUGCGUAUGGAUUUGCAGUCAGACCUCAACAUAUUCAGAGAUACAGAGAAUAUGCUAAUAUCUAUAAGGAGGAAGAGGAAGAAAGGUCAGAUAGAUGGAAAAGUUUCUUGGACCGGUUGGCGGAGCCUGUUCAACUGCCUGUAAAUGGUUCUACUUCAGAAGAAGCUGCUGGGAACUUGAUUACUGAAGCAACAGAGGAGGAGGUUGAUGAUAGUUUACUGAAAGAAACUGAAGGAGACAGCCUGAAUGAUGAGAAGCGUAACUCUGACGUUUCAUGUGAGGAUCUUACUGAAAAUGAGGACAAAAAGUCCAAAGCUAAUAGAAGAAUACAUAGGAUCCAAAUUUGGGCAGAGACGAGACCGUCCCUUCGAGUCAUUGAAGAUGUGAUGUGUUUGCGUGUGAAGAAGAAGCCUGAUCAAGUGAGGGAACAGCAAGAUGACAUGAAAGAAAAGCCAGUGUCUACUUUUGAAGAUGCUAAAUCACCAAAAGGAGUGACAGAGGAAGAUUCUGAGGAUGAGUUUUAUGAUGUGGAGCGGUCAGAUCCAGUUCCUGACGUUCCUCCGGUUGAGAAUGUUGCGGCAUCUGGAACAGGUGCUACUGUUGCUGAUGCAGCCUAUCAGGGAGAUUUGUCUUCUUGGAAAGAAGAGCUGGAGGUCCUUGUUCGUGGAGGGGUGCCAAUGGCUCUUAGAGGAGAGCUAUGGCAAGCAUUUGUUGGUGUCAAGGCUCGGCGAACAGAUAAAUACUACCAAGAUCUCCUCGCCUUGGAAACGAAAUCAGAAAAUCACGUAGACGUACAAUCAGAAAGUGAUCCUAAAAGUUCACCAAGAGACUCUGCAUCUGGAACGGAAAAAUGGAAAGGGCAGAUUGAGAAGGAUUUGCCCCGAACUUUUCCUGGUCAUCCAGCAUUGGAUAAUGAUGGAAGAAAUGCUUUGAGGCGGUUACUUACAGCCUAUGCAAGACACAAUCCUUCAGUAGGAUAUUGUCAGGCCAUGAAUUUCUUUGCUGCUCUUUUACUACUCCUGAUGCCGGAAGAAAAUGCCUUCUGGACAUUGAUGGGUCUUCUUGAUGAUUAUUUUGAUGGCUAUUACUCUGAAGAAAUGACAGAGUCUCAGGUCGACCAACUAAUUUUUGAGGAGCUUGUGCGCGAAAGAUUCCCUAAACUAGUCAAUCAUCUGGAUUAUCUGGGAGUGCAGGUUGCAUGGGUUACAGGACCAUGGUUCCUUUCCAUCUUUAUGAAUAUGCUUCCGUGGGAAAGUGUUCUUCGAGUCUGGGACGUCCUUCUUUUUGAAGGAAACCGUGUCAUGCUCUUUAGGACAGCGCUUGCGUUGAUGGACUUAUAUGGCCCUGCAUUAGUUACGACUAAGGAUGCUGGAGAUGCAGUUACUUUGUUGCAGUCACUGGCGGGUUCAACAUUUGAUAGCAGUCAACUUGUACUUACAGCUAGCAUGGGUUUCCAAAAUGUAAAUGAAACACGAUUGCGGGAAUUGGGAAAUAAGCAUCGACCAGCUGUAAUGGCCGCACUUGAAGAGAGAACAAAGGGACUUCAAGCUUGGAGCGAUACCAAGGGGUUGGCUUCGAAGCUGUAUAAUUUCAAACAUGAUACUAAGUCGAUGUUGGCAGAAGGAAGAAGGCAACCCAAUGGUGAAUUAUCUCGUUCUGAGUCUGGAUCUAUUAAUUCAGAUGAUGUUCUUGUCACUCUGACAGAGAAUGGGGAGAUAGAUAGUACUCCAGAUCUUCAAGAUCAGGUGGUGUGGUUGAAGGUUGAAUUGUGCAAGUUAUUAGAGGAGAAAAGAUCUGCUCUAUUGAGAGCUGAGGAAUUGGAGACGGCUUUAAUGGAGAUGGUCAAACAAGAUAAUCGAAGGCAACUGAGUGCAAGGGCUGAGCAGUUGGAACAGGAGGUUUCAGAGCUGCGGAAGGCUCUGGCCGAGAAGGAGGAGCAAGAAAAUGCCAUGAUUCAGGUGUUAAUGCGAGUGGAGCAAGAGCAAAAAGUAACUGAAGAUGCUCGUAGAUAUGCUGAGCAGGAUGCAUCAGCUCAAAGAUAUGCUUGCCAAGUGCUUCAGGAGAAGUAUGAAGAGGCGAUGGCAUCACUCGCGGAAAUGGAGAAACGAGUAGUCAUGGCAGAAUCAAUGUUAGAAGCUACCUUGCAAUACCAGUCUGGCCAGCUGAAAACAGUACCGUCUCCCAGAGGUCAAAAUCCAGAGAAAUUGCUACGUAGCGACAGCAAUCAAGACCCGGCACAGGAAACGCCUACAAGAAAGUCCGGAUUAUUUGGACUUGGCUGGCGUGACAAAAGCAAGGGGAAAUCUACAAGUGCUACUAAUGGUGAAGAGACCGGAGAUGGGAAGCCAUCGUCUUCCAACGAGGAGCAGGCGUUAACCAACGAUCAAAAUGGCUCCCCGGCGGUACAAGACAAAGAGCAGAGAGAUUGAGAUUGUUACUUAUACUAGUUACUAAGUUUGGGGAACAUUCAUAGGUUUCUCUCCUUCUCAGUUAGUCGGACAACUGGUAGAUAUUCUCUUUGUGUGAACCGACGACGACAAUGGUAAAUUCGAGGGGGAGUGCCCUACGUUGGCCUUGCCUGCUAUAGUUCUUUCCCUCUCCUUUCAACCUUUCUGUUUCCUCGGGUGUAAGUUUUGGCCUAAUUAUUGUAGAGCACAGUAUAUCAAUCGCAUUUUUUGAUUUCUUUUAGUAAACUAAUAAUGUGUUGGUUAUAUUAGUUGCAAUAGAAUGUGCAAGGAAUCUUCUUAUAGUGCAGUCAAUUUCUCACUACAAAAAUUUCCUUCCAUUUUGUUCAUAGCUUUUGCUUGCUCAAACUUGUCUGCUCAGCACAGAAAGUACUUGCUCACCUGCAUCAUCCUUGAAAGUUCUCGACUUGUUACGGGGAUAAGACGGAAGAUGAGAAGAUAAAGUCUUUCAUGUUGCCACAGUAGGGGUAAGUCUGUGUAUAAACAAGAAAUCUGAACUAUAGAUACAGAUAGCCCCAAGAGCUAGGAAUUGUACUUGCACAUU